AUGAGGCUGUGUGAUAUCUUGUUAAUAUUGGCAUUAAUUGGUACAACCAUCGGGAUUUGGCAUUUGAGUCCCUUUGAACGUCAGUUUAUUAUCUCAGAUCCAACCAUUAACCAUCCCUUUGCGGAACACGAAAGAGUCACCGUGGCUCAGUUGUUUAUCUACGCUGUAGUGGUACCCUUGGUGAUCAUCAUUAUAUUUGGGUUGAUAUGUUCAGACCCCAGACAUAGAUUCUAUAUCACUUAUUUGUCUGCUGUCGGACUCAUAGUGUCUUGCAUAGUCACCUCGGUCACCACAGACAUUUUAAAGAACUAUAUCGGUCGUCAACGUCCAGAUUUCAUUGCUAGAUGUCAACCUAAACUGGACGCUAAUACGACCGUCUGGGUGUACGCUAAAGAUGUUUGUACUCAAACAGAUAUGAACAAAUUGAAAGACGGUUUCAGGUCUACUCCCUCGGGCCAUUCUCUGAUCUCUUUCGCUGGAUUAUUCUACUUGACACUAUUCCUUUCCGGUCAAUUUUUGAUCUGGGAUCAAAUCGUGGGCGCUUGGAGAACAGUAUUGGCUGCUAUUCCAACAUUAGGAGCGUUGUUCAUUGCUAUCUCCAGAACUGAAGAUUAUAGACACCAUUUUGUUGAUGUUUGUAUUGGAGGAGUCAUCGGUAUUCUUAUUGCCUGUUGGAGUUACUACAGAGUGUUCCCACCAGUCUCUUCCGGUGUAGCCCACGUUCCUAGAAUCAUUUUGGCAGAACAACUCCAACUGGAGAAACGCGCUGAUGACGUUCGUGAUGGACUCUAUCAAAGUCUUGAAGUGUAA